GCGAGCCCGUGGCAGGCAGGGCUUUGUUAUCCCCCGCCUCGGCCGUCGGGGCGCAGGGCCGGAUUAUAACUCGGCUGCGGGGCGCCAGCUCCCCGCACGCCAGGGGAUCGGGCCCCGGACGGGGCUGCAGGGACCGGAGCCUUGCCGGACCCCCCAGAGUCGCCCAAGUGCCUGGCCAGCCCGGCCGUGCACAGCUGCCCCACGGACCCUGGAAGCUGAGGGCCUGCCGAUGGGCGAGCGAGCGAUGGUCCAGUCCUAAGGCCCAGCCGGUUCUGCUCUGCUCUCGGCUGGGAAGGCCACGAGGAUGCCCCCCUCCUGCCCUGCUGCGGCCGCUCUGCUCCUUCUGCUGGGCCGAUGCCUGCUGCCGUCCGCGCUCUCCUUCCCCAAGGACCUCGCUCCCCUCAGCACCGUGGGCCUGCCGACGACAUCCCCCUACCCCUGCUUCCGAGGCCUCGCCGGCGACAAUGACACGGCCCAGCUCGGCCUGGACUUCCAGAGGAUGCUGCGGCUCAACCAGACGUUCCUCAUUGCCGCACGGGACCACGUUUAUGCCUUUGACCUCAGCCAGGCCCCAGAGGAGUUCUAUCCCGAGAGGCAUCUCACCUGGAAGACCCAGGACAUGAAGAACUGUGCCAUGCGUGGGAAGCUGCGGGACGAAUGCUAUAACUACAUCAAGGUGCUGGUGCCCAAGAAUGAUCAGACCCUCUUCGCCUGCGGGACAAAUUCCUUCAAUCCCAUGUGCCGGACCUACAAGAUCAGCAGCCUGGAGCAGGAAGGGGAGGAGCUGAACGGCCAGGCCCGCUGCCCCUUCGAUGCCAAGCAGACCAACGUUGCCCUCUUUGCAGAUGGGAACCUGUACUCAGCCACCGUGGCAGACUUCCAGGCCAGUGACGCGGUGAUUUACCGCAGCCUGGGCGAGAGGAGCCCCGUGCUCCGCACUGUCAAGUACGACUCCAAGUGGCUGCGAGAGCCCCACUUCCUCCACGCCCUGGAGUAUGGGAACUACAUCUACUUCUUCUUCCGGGAGAUCUCCAUGGAAUACACCACACUGGGCAGGGUGAUCUUCUCGCGGGUGGGCCGGGUGUGUAAGAACGACAUGGGGGGUUCGCCCCGCGUGUUGGAGAAGUACUGGACCUCCUUCCUCAAGGCCCGGCUCAAUUGCUCCGUGCCCGGAGACGCCUUUUUCUACUUUGACGUGCUGCAGGCUGUCACCGACGUCUUCCAGGUCAAUGGGCGCCCCGCCGUCUUCGGGGUGUUCACCACCCAGUCCAACAGCAUCACCGGCUCGGCCGUCUGUGCCUUCUAUCUGGACGACAUUGAGCGAGCGUUCACCGGGAAGUUCAAGGAGCAGAAGAACGCGGAUUCCUCCUGGACCGCAGUGCCAGAGGAGAAGGUGCCUAAACCCAGGCCAGGCAGCUGCGCCAGCAUUGGCCAAGCGGCCGGCUACAGAACCUCCAACGAGUUCCCUGAUGAGACGCUGGCCUUCAUCAAGUCCUACCCGCUGCUGGACGAGGCCGUGCCCUCCGCCAAGGGAAGGCCCUGGUUCACCAAGACCACUAGCAGGUACAAGCUGACCCAGCUGGCAGUCGACACAGCCGCUGGCCCUCACAGGAACUACACGGUGCUGUUCCUCGGCUCGGAGGAUGGGAAGGUGCUGAAGGUUCUUACUGGGACUAAGGAGAACUCCAGCGUGGAGACCCUGCUCUUGGAGGAGAUCAGCGUCUACAGCCCGGCCCAGUGCAACGUGAAGAGGGAGGACAGGCGGAUUGUGGGCCUGGAGCUGGACACGGCCCACCAGGCCCUGUACGUGGCCUUCUCCAGCUGCGUGCUGCGUGUGCCGCUCAGCCGCUGUGACGCCUAUGGGAGCUGCCGGAAGAGCUGCUUGGCCUCCCGCGAUCCAUACUGUGUCUGGCUCCGGCCAGGAGCGUGUGUGGCUGUUGGACAAGAAAUCAGGGCUGGAUUCGAACAAGAUGUUGAGAACGCGGCCAAGCAGCAGGGGAGCUGUCAAGACGCUGUGACCUCCAUGGGGAAUCACAACAGUGCCAGUGACUCAUCAUAUGGGCAAGUCCGACCCGCUGGCUCCACCGCCAGUGCUGUGGCCUUCCCGGCGCCCACGGGCCGUACCCAGGUGGGCACGGCCCGAGACGCCCACCCCGCCCCUGGCGCCGGCGACCCGCGCUCCACCUUACGCGUGGCUGUAAACACUCAGGGCGUGCGGCAGGACUCCGAAGACAAAGACAGCUCCAAGAGCGUCCAUUUCACCUUCCUCAUUGGCUGCGUCUUUGUGGCAUUCGUCCUCGGGGCCUUCUUUUCUGGCCUGUUUGUCUCCUGCUACUGCAGCCACGUAUUCCAGAAGAGCAAGCACGUCAGCAAGGACCCCGAGAACACAAUCCAGCGCCCCCUGUCCCUGCGGAGCUUGGCUAAGAUGAACGGGCUGCUGGACAACCCGUCCAAGGAUGGGCUGACAGAAGCCUCCUCUCCGAAACUGUACACCACGCUGCUGCCCAGUGAGAAGGAGCCGCACAACGGGACAGGAAAGGCCGGCAUGAAGGAGCACCCGGAGCUGUCUGGUUUGCCCACACCCGAGUCCACCCCGGAGCUGCCCAUGAAGGCCAUCAGGAACCAAUGGGAGAAGAACCAAAACUGCAACAACGCCAAGGAGUCGCAGGGCAAGGGCCACCAGUUCCCCGGCCCCGUCUCCGGUGCCCAGGUCUUCCAGUUCCCCGGCGCCAUGGUACUGCCUAGCAACCUCCAGGGCUACGACCCAUCACUGGCCGGCUACCCAGAGGAAAAGAAGAUCCCCAACGCAGAGCGGGUGCUGGUGCGCCACUCCCAGUGCUACCUGCCCAAAGGGGUGGAGGUGACGACGUUGGAGGAGCUGCUGAAACACCUCCAUGAGGCGAGCGGCUCCCCGAAGAAGCUGCUGAGCCAUCAGCCGGCCGUCAGCCCCCACGUGGCCAUGUCCUUCGCCAACAGGGUGCAGCCCAAGAUCCCGGACACCGAGAGCGCCCCCUAUUACAGCUCCUCCACCCUCCCCAGGGACAGCUUGCCCCGGAGGCUGGACGUCCCGCCCGACGUCACGCCACAGUCCUGCCUGGAGAAGCAGCCGCUGCCCAGGUACCCAGCGCAGAGGCACUCGCUGUGCUCGACGCAGAAGCUGAUGAACCUAGCGGUGGGUGGGGGGCUGAUCUCCCGGCAGCACAGCCUGAGCCAGGCAGCCCGGCAGCACCCGCCCCCUGCGCUCCUGACCCGCAUGCACUCCACGGGCACCCAGGUGCCCCUCGAAGGGCCCGGCGUCUUCCAGAGCUCACUGCCCAGGCCCGGUGGCAUCAAGAGAUCGGCCUCCAUGAAGCCCGACGUGCCCCCCAAGCUGCUCUUCAUGCCCUCAUCUCCCAUCAAGCCGGCCGCCCAGUUCAACUACUGACUCAGCCAGCAUGAGCCAGGGGGCACUGCUUGCCGGCUCCCCCUGAGCCCCCGUCCACUCCGGGUUGGGGGACAGGAGAACAAUCAGCAGUGGCCGGGCAAAUGGCCUCCCCCUGCCCCCUGGAUUUGUAGUUUUGCCUCUAAAAGAGCAUUUUUUUUAACAUGCAUUCAGCACAGAUCCCCUCGUAACGCCCGAGCAAAGGGGCUUCAAGACCAUGGGGCAGGCAGAGAACAUGUCCCCCAGGCCCCCUGCCAUCACAUCCACCCCCCAUGAAAAGCUGCCAGGGAGUGACACUGUCAACCAGCUGCCUUCUUUCCCGCUCAGCCUGUUACAAUUUGCGGGGAGGCAGGGCCAGUGGCGCCCCGAGAGACACAAGCGCCUCCUUGCCAUCGCCUGCGGCUUGUCAGCGCCCGAGGGAACGGAAACCAGGCCAGCCCGCCACGCCCCAGCUGCCUUUUGCUUCUAAACAACUCCAAUAACCAGCUGGGGUGGGACGAAGGGGGAUCGCGCCUCAGUUUCCGCCUCCCCCCAGCUCCAUUAAGCCCCCGGUAACCUGCCGCUCACUGGUUUUAUUUAUUAGACGAAACUAAUUUAAACACCCAGGCCCUGUUGUAGCAUCGGUCCGUGCUGGAGCCAGAGGUUUGACACCCGGCGGCGUUAAUGUCGCAGCGAGGCUGACUGCGUCCCAUCACUGCGGCCAGGCAGAUUUCAGAGCCCUCAGCCCGUCGUGGUGCAAAAAUCAAUUUUGGGGGGAAGCUCAGAGAGCUCCCAACCCGGACAGCGACUUGACAGGGUUGCAGGGGGCUGGGAAGCCUCAGACAGAUGGCCCUACGAGCCUUGUGGAAUAUAUAUAUAAAUACUGUACAUAGCUAUAAAUAUAUAUAUCUAUCUUUCAAGGUAACUUCACAUAAGAGAAGUCAAAUUUAUCCUACCGUGUAGGAGAGCGAACUGUGCACAAGCUAAUGGUGCUGCAGCCAUGUACAUGCGGUGUCAGGACAGACACAGCCUGCGCUGAUGCCUGAAUUAUAUCAUCUUG